GAGAUCGUGACAAAGGAUGUUGAGCUCAACAGCAACCCCAAUACUGCUCCAAUCGUGCAAGCAAACUUCAGCAGCCUUGGAACGACUUUUCUCACUCUGACGCAGUUCGUCGCCCUAGACAGCGCAGCGGCAGUGUACAAGCCGCUUGUAGAGGCGAAGCCUAUCCUGAUCUUCUACUUUGGCGCCAUCGUGCUCUUCGUGUCAAUCGCACUGAUGAAUCUCGUGACAGCGGUGCUCGUGGAAGGUGCGUUGAACCAUGCUCAGUCCGAUCGGGACCUCGAGAAGAUCGACCGAAACGAGCGUUUGAGCAAAGCCCUCAUCCGCUUGGUCACUUUAUUCGGC